AUGUGCGGGGCACCAACUGCAGCAGCAGCAGCAGCAGCAGCAGUAACAGCAGCAGCAGCAAAAGCAGCAGCACAACCAAUGCAACAGCAGCAGCAACAGCAGCAUAAGCAGCAACAACAGCAACAGCAACAGCAGCAACAGCAACAACAGGAACAACAGCAACAGGAACAGCAACAGCAACAGGAACAGCAACAGCAGCACCAACAGAAUCAGCAGCAACAGCGAUAG